UCUGUAAUUAUAGCCCAGAUGGCUCACCAUCGAUCUCAGAGAAGCCUCCACUUUCAAGCAAUACACGGCUUCUUACUAUGGGCUAAUGGCGCUUCACGUCAAACAAUCGAUAUAUUGCAGAAAUUAAGUUUGUCGGUCUCGUUCGACUCCACGCUCGAUAUGGUCCAGAACAUCGCAGAUGCUUGUAUACAGCGCGCGCGCCUUGUUGCUCGUGGACCUCAUGCUUUCUGCUAUGACAAUGUGCAAAUCAGCACGUCAAUUCACGUUGAACAACGUGAAGAUGGUCCCGCCAAGGUACAGUGUGGCACAUUUGGCAUAUUAUACGAACUGCGCAAUGCCUCGAGGGACGCGAUGUUGCUUGUUCCUAUCAUGGAGCGGUAUAGGAAUGCAAAGAAGCUUGACUACGAGGAGCACGUCCGGCCUACCAAGCAACAACAACAAUUUGUCAGUCAACAACUCACCGUUCACCUCAUAGAAUGCCUCUACAAAUUCUCCGGAGUUUUCAAGUUGCCAGAAGGCGAAAGCUUUGAGUCUAAAUUUCCACACCCUCCUCGCCGUCGCAUGCCUCCGGAUCACAAGACAAACGAAUUCCCUCUUCGCACCACUAUGAAUGAAGAAGGGUCUAUCGAUGGCAACGUCAGGUCUAUUGAACAUACCUACUAUCAGCAGCUGGACAUGGAUGCGAAACUCCAGCGUCGUGGGGAUAUCAAUGCUUUUACUCGGCUUGACGUCUUUCAACUGGGUUUUGGUCUCUUUCACUUCAUUAUGAACUUUAUAUGGGCAUUGUUGCAUGUACAUCGCAGCACUCUGGCACAGGAAGGCAGUCUUGCCUUCUUCUUCACUGUCCUCGAACGUGCUCGGCUUGGUUCAGAGCAUCCCGAUUUCUAUACACUCUUUGCAGCCAUGAUGGACGUCUUGAGUGGUCUUAUCCUAAACGCUUGGGAGAUUGAAUGUGGCUACCCAUCUCUGGCGGACUUUGCAGCAAGUAAUCCAUCCAAGGAGCAACUGGAGAGUAUUGCUCAGAGGAUACUCUAG